UUGUUCGCCACAUUUGUCACAAUAUGCUAAUUGUUCGCUAUUUAAUCGCCUUGGUCUUUUCCAUUUUCAUUGUGGCCACAUCUCUGAAGAUCGAGGAGCGCUACCGGCGGUGCAAUGGCUACAAGAUAUCCACUCCGGAUCGGUUGGUCAUCAAAAUGGAACGGCGCGGCGGAAAGUGUCCCACCAAGUUUCUAGAAAAGAGGCGCUUAAAAGUCUGAGAUAGCGAAAGAUUGCUAGGAUUCUAAAGCCGAAAAUCA